GGAGCUGCGGAGGGCGGGAAGAACCGCCCGAGGAGGAGAGGAGGGCGGGGAGUUGGCGACUCCCGCUCGGCUGGGCUCUGCGCACCCACGCCUCACUGCUCCGCUUCCUGCCCCCAACCCGGGCAUGCGCCCCCCGCAUCCCUGGCCCCCCAGAGCCCGCACCGCCCCCCGGAGCCUCCCAAGAGCCGCCUGCGCAGGAUGGGCACCCCUAGCCCCACGCCGCUGUCCUGGCCGCUGCUGCUGCUAAUGCUGGGACUCGGGUGCUAUGCCCGGCAGGUGCAUGUCCCCAAGGGACCCCUCUACCGUGUGGCUGGCACCUCUGUCUCCAUCUCCUGCAAUGUGAGUGCCUAUGAGGGCCCUUCCCAGCAGGACUUUGAGUGGUUCAUGUACAGAGCAGAGGCUCCCGGUACUUCACUGGCCAUCAUUAGUACCAGGGAUAGCCAGUUCUCCUAUGCUGUGUUUGCGUCCCGGGUGGCAUCAGGAGAUGUGCAGGUUCAACGCCUGAAGGGAGACUCCGUGGUGCUCAAGAUUGCUCGCUUGCAAGCCCAGGACGCUGGCUCUUAUGAAUGCUACACACCCUCCACAGAUACCCAAUACCUGGGCAACUACAGUGCCCGAGUGGAGCUGAGAGUUCUUCCAGAUGAGCUGCAGGUAUCUGCUGCCCCUCCAGGGCCACGAGGCCGCCAGGCUGCAACCUCACCCUCUCGUCUGACAGUGCAUGAGGGGCAGGAGCUGGCACUGGGCUGCCUGGCACAGACAAAAACAAAACAGCACACACACCUGUCCGUGUCCUUUGGGAGAACCAUUCCUGAGGCGCCGGUGGGGCGAGCCACUCUGCAGGAAGUGGUGGCACUGCAGCCUGACUUGGCUGUGCAGGCACGAGCUCCCUAUGUUGAGCGGCUGGCGGCAGGGGAGCUGCGGCUGAGCAAGGAAGGGACUGACCAGUACCGCAUGGUGGUUGGGGGUGCCCAGGCUGGGGACUCAGGCACCUACCACUGCACUGCUGCUGAAUGGAUUCAGGACCCUGACGGCACCUGGGCCCAGAUCACAGAGAAAAGGGCUGUCCUGGCCCACGUGGAUGUGCAGACACUGUCCAGCCAGCUGGCAGUGACAGUGGGGCCUGGUGAACGUCGCAUUGGCCCAGGGGAACCCUUGGAACUGCUGUGCAAUGUGUCAGGGGCACUGCCCCCACCAGGCCCUCAUGCUGCGUACUCGGUGGGCUGGGAGAUGGCUCCUGCAGGGGCUCCCGGACCUGGCCGCCUGGUAGCCCAGCUGGACACAGAAGGUGUGGGCAGCCUAGGCCCUGGGUAUGAGGGCCGGCACAUCGCCAUGGAGAAGGUGGCGUCUAGAACCUACCGACUACGACUGGAGGCUGCCAGGCCUGGUGACGCAGGCACUUACCGCUGCCUCGCCAAAGCCUAUGUUCGAGGGUCUGGGACCCGGCUUCGUGAAGCGGCAAGUGCCCGUUCCCGGCCUCUUGCUGUGCAUGUGCGGGAAGAAGGUGUGGUGCUGGAGGCUGUGGCAUGGCUAGCAGGAGGCGCUGUGUACCGGGGUGAGACUGCCUCCCUGCUAUGCAACAUCUCUGUGCGGGGUGGCCCUCCAGGGCUGAGACUGGCUGCCAGCUGGUGGGUGGAACGACCGGAAGAGGGGGAGCUGAGCUCUGGACCUGCUCAACUGGUUGGUGGAGUGGGUCAGGAUGGUGUGGCAGAGCUCGGGGUCCGGCCUGGAGGAGGCCCUGUCAGUGUGGAGCUGGUGGGGCCCCGAAGCCAUCGGCUAAGAUUGCACAGCUUGGGGCCUGAGGAUGAGGGCGUGUACCACUGUGCCCCCAGCGCCUGGGUGCAGCAUGCUGACUACAGCUGGUACCAGGCGGGCAGUACCCGCUCAGGGCCUGUCACAGUCUACCCCUACACGCAUGCUCUGGACACCCUAUUCGUGCCCCUGCUGGUGGGGACAGGAGUAGCCCUAGUCACUGGAGCCAGUGUCCUUGCCACCAUCACCUGUUGCUUCAUGAAGAAGCUGCGGAAACGGUGAUCUGUGUCCCCAGUUCUUGCAGAUGUCAACUGUCUUCCAGCCAGCGCCACCCCUCCUCUGGUUGCCUGGAUACCUUCUCCCCAUGACAAGCCUUUAAUUUAUUUGACCUACCCCCACCCAGAGUAGGAGAUGUGACUGUGGCUCCCUUUCCCUACCUUUCCCCCAAGCUCCUCCCUCUGGCCUUCUGUUCUUGGUCUCCUACCCAUCCUGUAGGAAGGCCAUUCCCUGUCCUCCAACUAGUUUUUCUAAAACAUGAAUAAAUUGGUUUUUUAAAAUCCUG